AUGAAAGCAUCUCAUCGGCUGUCAGAGAUGUUUAGGGAUGCCCGCAAUGCAGGGGAGCACCCUUACUGGUUGGGUGAGCACAUUUGGAACUAUUUACUCGCUCAUUGGAAUUCAGCAGAGUUUCGCAAUAAGUGUGCUACAACCCAGAGAAACAAAGCUUCUGAAGAGGGUGGCACCCUACAUACUGGUGGGUCGAUCACGGUUCAUGAGCAUGCCAUUCGUAUGGCACAAGCUUUGGGAUGGGUGGUCCAUGUUGAUGAGGUCUUUGCACAGACUCAUGUUCGGAAGGGCACUAAUCAAUUCGUUGAUGAAAGAUCUCGGAAGACUCAUGAAGAAUUUUCUGCGAGACUUUCACAGGUUAGAUCCGCACAUGGGUCAACUCCUACACCGGAUGAUGCGACUAAUGAGGACGACGACAUCCGUAGGACACAGUGCUGGGUCGAUGUCGUUGAUGGGAAGAAAAAGGGACGAAUGUCGAUGCAGGAAAUCUUGCUGCAAACUAUACAACAUCAAGAGGAGGUUUGUGUGGUUGGAUAA